AUGUCUCUAGAUAAACUGGUAUUUGGGAAAGCAUGUCACUUACCCGUGGAGUUGGAGCAUAGAGCUUUGUCGGCAUUAAGGCAGCUGAAUCUCGACAUGGAAAUAACGGGUACACGUAAAGUCAUACAGUUGCAUGAGCUUGAUGAGUUUCGCUCCCAUGCUUUUGAGAGUACAAGGCUAUAUAAAGAGAGAAUGAAGAUAAUGCAUCCUCCACUUCCAACCAAGAGAUUGAAGCUGUUUUCGGGCAAGUUAAAGUCAAGAUGGUCAGGACCAUUUCGUGUGGUAGAGAUGCAUCCUGCCAGAGCUGUAGAAAUUGCAUCAGAAGAUGGCUCCCGCAAGUUCAAAGUUAACAGGCAAAGUCUAAAAUAUUAUCAAGGCAUGGUUGGGGAAGAUAAAGUGAUCUCGACCAUGUACUUGAAGGAUCCUUGA